AUGCUGGGUGGGCUCCUGCUCCGGCUGCUCCUCGCCACGGCGCUGUGCCCUGGGCUCAGAACAGCCUUGGGGCAGAACCUGCACCUCUGCGAGGGCUACGCUGGCCCUGACGGACGCCUCCACCCCGGCUUCUACUGCCCGCGGCUGAGUGACCCUCCCGGGCACCGCUUCUGCUGCCGCCCCGGCCCCCACGCCCUCAAGUCCUGCUGCUCCCACCAGGCCCUGGAGGCCCUCACUGGGGUGAACCUCUCCAGCAUGGCCGCCCCUGACCUCCUCCGGUGGGCGUGGAACCCCCUGGCUCUGCCCUUCGUGGCGCUCUACGGGCUUCUCAUCCUCGUCCUCAUGGCCGUCGAUCUCCUCCACUUCUACCGCACCCACCGCUGCUGCCUCGGCCGCCUCCUGCCCUGCAGACCCUGCAGACCCCCGGGGGGGUGUCCGCAGCCCCGCUCCCACCCAACCCACAGCUCUCGUGACCCCGAGGAGCUCCCAGUGACCCCCAGCAGUGGCUGCUGA